AUGGGUUCAGAAUUCGGUGCCACCGCCGAGUCCAAGGCCCAGAUUGACCUGGGCCCGGUGACCAUCUGGUGGGCCGUCUGGGCAUGCCUGUGGACGUCCGUCGUCGUCGCCGGCAUGACCUAUCUCAUCAUCAACCGCAAUAUGCCUACACUGCGUAUUCGGGGUCUCGGUCUAUCACUCACUUCGAUCGUGAUCCUACACUUAUAUUGGAUCCCCACCCAAUUCGGUACUAUGCUUGGCCCAGUCUUGCCUGGAGACUGUGGCUACUGGCUCAUGGGCACCUUGCUGCCUUGCGGCAUUGCCCUCUUCCAUGGUUCUAACACUCGCUUCCUCCACGUCGCUAAUCAGCAAAAGAAGUUUGCCGUGGACGGUAAACGCUUCGUCGACACCUCUCCUGUCGCCCCCAAGACCGGCUUGCUCGGCCGUUUCCAACGUUCCAAGUAUACCAGCAAGAUCAUCUUCUUCGUCGGCGUCGGAAUGUUCGCCCAGGUCUUCCUCACCGUCCUGAUGUGGCUUAUCUCUCGCAAGUACCACAGCUCCUGGGGUAUUCCCGGAACCGAGGUUACCGGAACUCCUAUGGAAAUUUUGACCGCACAGGGUGCUGGAUGGGAAUGGUGGCCGAGUGUCUUCUGGCAGUUCUUCUGGUCCUGGCUCGUCGCCCCCAUCGUUCUCUGGAAGUCCCGCAACAUCCACGACACUCACGGCUGGCGCAUUCAAACCAUCGGCUGCGCUAUCGCCGGUCUUCAUGCCACCCCGAUGUGGCUGAUCGGUCUCUACGUUCCCGCCAUGGCCCCCGUCAACAAGGUCUGGGUCCCUCCUCAGUGGAUCUGCCUUUCGAUAAUGAUCAUUGAAAUCUUCACUGUCCUGCUUCCCUGCUGGGAGGUCAUGCGCCACCAGAACCUCCGCCAAGAGACCCUCGACUCCAUCGCUCGCUGGGAAUUGAAGGUCAAGUCCACCGGCUCCGAGGAGAAGUCCAUCCACUCCGAAUCCACCAUGGUCGCCUCCAUGGUCUCCGGCUGGAAAUCAAACAGCUCCACCACCACCUUCAACUCCCGCGACAGCAUCCUGACGAUGGGUGCUCUCGAGCACGUUCUCGAGCGCAACCCCGCCCCUCUCCAGGAGUUCUCUGCUCUGCGCGAGUUCUCUGGUGAGAACAUCGUCUUCCUCACCAGUGUCGCCGAAUGGCGCAACAAGCUGCCCGCCGCCAUGAAGGACCGCGCCGCUAUGAGCGAGAAGAACAACCGCGACAUUGUUCGCAACGCCUUCAACCGCGCCCUGCACAUCUACGCCGAGUUCAUCAGUGUGCGUCACGCCGAGUUCCCCGUCAACAUCUCCCACCAGGAGUUGAAGAAGCUGGAGGAUAUCUUCGAGAAGCCCACGCGUCUGAUCUACGGCGAGGAGCGCGAGUGCGACCCUACCAGUCCCUUCGACAAAUUCACAUUCGACAUGCCCCCUUCCCCUACCUCGGUCAACUCCGAGCAGACCAUGCAGUCCGCCAUGGCUCGUGAUCUCCGGGACUGCGUCCAGUACUGGGGAGACAUCCCCGCGGAGUUCGAAGCUUCUAUCUUCGACGCCGCCGAGGCGAGUAUCAAGUAUCUCGUGCUCACCAAUACCUGGCCCAAGUUCAUCAAGGACCGCCGAGGCUCGGUCGAAUCGAUCGAUACCCUCAAGGGUAUGGAUGUCUAA